GUUUUCCCUUUUGGUUAGGGUUACAGUUUUUCUGUUCUUCAUUCCAUGCCUCGCGCCACUGUCACUAUCGUUUCGCAAUUUCGUUUCCAUUUUCCCGCGAAUGUACGGCCACCUACACCGUUACCGCCGUGGCGAUGGGGGAAACUGCCCCCGAACCGACGCCGAAGCCACAUCAGAACCCUAAGGUGUUUGUUUCAUCUGUACGAUUCCAACUUUUCAAAUCACAAAUGGCGCUCCCGCAUGGCUUGGCUUCGCGGAAGUUUUCGAUGCGGAAGGUUUCGCAGAAUGCUCUCGUGGCACAAACAGGAAUGAAGACAAGUGGGGAGAUUGUUAUGAUUUUAAGUGAGGUUUUGGAUCCCUCUCGGGGUAUAUAAAUGAAGGCUGAAGAAUUUUGGAUUUUACUGCCAAUAAGUGAUUGGUCAAAUGGAGAGUAUGGCUUGGUAUUCGGUUUCAACAACUUGGGGCCAUUGAUCAGGUUUUGGAGAGGAUGCUUCAAUCUGAUGAAGUAAAACCAUGUCUAACUGUCUAAGAAAGAAGAUCGGAGUGAUGUUCUGAUUGUACCCAUUAAUUCAGUUACCAAAUGCAGCUGUAAGUUAUUUACUUAUUUAUUUAUCUUCUUUUUUUUUUUUUAAUGUAAUCUGAAUUUCUGAUGCAAUCUUUUCUAAAUUAUUUAAUUGCGGGAGCCAAGAGAAUUCAGUAUUAACAAAAACAAGUUAGGGAGAUUCUGCACAUUGAGAUAAUGCAAUAUUCUGGUUCAACAGCACCAUUUGUAUGUAUGAAUAAUGACAAGCUGUCAUCAAUAAACAAAUAGACAAGAAAGCCUUUGUAGAUUAUGCAGUGAAUGAAACAAAACCAGUGGAGAGUAAUGAUUUGCUCAACCACAUUGAUCAACCAAUGAAUGGUUUUCCCAACCAUGCAGAUCAACCAAUGAAUGGUUUUCUCAACAACGCAGAUCAACCAACAAUCAAACAUCAAAGAAGUUAUCGUCGUUGGUUCCUCAUAACUCUCUAUUCAGUAUUUGUCUUGUCCGGCCAGGCUGCUGCUACACUCCUGGGAAGGUUGUACUAUGACAAAGGCGGAAAUAGCAAAUGGAUGGGAUCACUUGUCCAGGUUGUUGGGUUCCCUAUUCUGCUGCCUUAUUACUGCAUCACAACACGAAAAACUCCCAGCAGAAACAGCAUUCUUCCAAACCCAUCUGCCUCAGCUUUAGCACUUGUCUAUGUCUCCCUUGGUCUACUUGUGGCAUUGACCAGUUACUUGGAGUCUUUGGGGCUAGCACACCUUCCUGCUUCCACUUUUGCACUCAUUACCUCAUCCCGGUUGGCUUUCAAUGCCUUUUUCUCUUUUUUCCUCAACUCAGUGAAGUUUACACCUUACCUUAUAAAUUCUCUAGUCCUUCUAACUCUCUCUCCCACCCUACUUGCCUUUCAACCUGAAAAUGAAAUUUCCAGUGGGAACUCUAAGCAUAAUUAUGUGCUAGGAUUCAUAGCUUCAGUGGCUGGAUCGGCUGCGUAUGGAUUAUUACUUUCCCUUACACAGCUUUCAUUUCUGAAGGUUUUGAAAAGAAAUACUAUCAGAGUUCUUAUGGAUGUGAUAGUAUACGAAUCCCUUGUGGCCACCAUUGUUACUCUUGUGGGACUAUUUGCUAGUGGAGAGGGAAAUAAGCUGCAUACAGAAAUAGAGGAGUAUGAGAUGGGAAAAGUAUCUUAUCUGCUAACUCUCAGUUUCUCAGCAAUAUGUUGGAAUCUCUUUAACAUUGGUUGUGUGGGGCUGAUUUUCGAGACGUCUUCCCUCUUAUCCAAUUCCAUAGUCGUUUUGGGUUUGCCUAUCAUUCCGAUUUUGGCAGUGUUCGUUUUUCAUGACAUAAUGCAUGGAAUAAAGGCCAUCUCUUUGGUGCUAGCUGUUUGGGGCUUUCUGUCAUACCUUUAUCAGUACUACCUGGAUGACAAGAGCUCCAAUACUGAUCAUAUUCUCAAUACUUCAACAUUAGAAGACAUUAAUGAUCAAUUUGGGAAGGCUUGAGUGAUUAUUGAAGCUGUAACCUGUCUCUGGUUCCAUACUUCUUAAAAUAUAUCUAGUUUAACAUUGAUGGAUAGGCAUAAAAAUGGGAGCUGUGUGUUAUUAGAAUAUUAAGGGUUUUAUGUUGAGAUCCAAUUAUAUCAAUGAUAGAACGGAGUCCUAUAGUUGUAUAUCUCCACUCAUUCAUUCCUCUCUGCUUGAUUUCUCAUAUAUCACCCCAAAAAAAAUGUCAUUCAUAUAUACUAUUCUCAGAGGAGGAAAAUAGUUCUAUAGUUUA